AUGUUGCCGCCGCUCCUCGCCCUGGCGGCGCUCGCGCUGGCCUUGGGCCCCGCCCGCGGCUCCCGGCUCGCCGCGGGCGGGGGCGGCGGGCCCUCCACGGGGGCCCUGGCCCUCCUGAGGCCGCCGCCGCUCGCCCAGGGCGGGCCCGCGGCUCCGCCGGAGCAGGGCGCCGGGGCUCAGCUCCUAGGCCUGCUCCGGCGCGCCGCGGCGCGCGGCGGUCUGGAGGAGCAUAGCGAGGCGUUGGUCAGCUGGGCGCGGCACGCCUCCCUGAUCGGCGGGGGCUCCCGGGAGGCCACGCUGAAGGAGCCAAACCACUUCCGCAACCCGCACGUGUGGGGACCCGUCGCCUGGUUCUUCCUGCACGACGUGGCUUUCGCACAGGAGCAGGAGAUCCCGGAUGAGCAGCAAGAGAAGUUGAGAUUCUUCUUCACGGACGAGGUGGCUGACAUCAUGCCUUGUGACGAGUGCCAGACGCGAACCCGCCGGAUCAUCAAGAGCAUGCAGCCAAUAGCUGAAGACACAUGGUCUAAUCGGACCAAGCUUAUCAUGUGGGUCAUAAUGUUCCACAAUCACGUCAAUCUGGACAUGGAGAAGCAGGUUCUGCCCCCCGAGCGUGUGUUAGGACACUACGUCGCAAUGUUUGACCGGGCUGAGCCCGUGGCGAUAACAUUCGACCCGAGCACAGAUUCGGGGAGAGAUCCACAGGAGGCUUUUCCGACAGUGUGGCACGCCGGCGGGAUGAAGACGCCUGAGAUCAUUAGAUUCCGCAUGCCGAAAGUCUGGGGCCCUGUUGGCUGGUUCUUCCUGCAGACGUUGGCUCUCGCGCAGGAAGAUUCCGCCCCAGCGAACUCCAAGGCGGCCCUCGUGCAUUUCUACACCAAGUCGCUGUCCUUCGUUUUGCCGUGCCCAUUCUGUGGCAUGCACCUGAGAGGCCACCUGGACGAAGGGCGAUCGCCCCUGCCGACAACGAACAUGACCCGCUCGGAGCUCGCACGGUGGGUCAGCGACCUACACAACGUCGUCAACAGGGAGAAGAAGGAGCCGUCCCCGCAGUUCCCGUGGGCCAAGGUGGUCGUCGGCUUCAACGGCCAGUACGAAUUGGGCCCGCCCAUCGACGUCUACCUGGGCAACGGGGGCCCUCUGAGGACCCCCUCUGGCGGCCACGCGCCGAAGUCGGCGGCCCCGCGCCGCGCCCGCGCGCGCGCCCCGGCCGCGGCGGCAACCCUGGCGGCCUGCUUGUUGGUAGCGGCGUAG